AUGGAUGUCAAGAAGUAUGGAUGUAGCCUGACAAAUAAGGAAGAGAUGAGAAAAAAGUCUGGUCCUACUUUUCAAUCAGCUGAGAAAAAUGUGACAGAAGAUGCUCAGACUGAGAAUGUAAUGACUAAUUUAUCAAAUGUGUAUGCUUCAGAUUUGUUGCCAUCCAAGGACGGUAAAGAUUUAACAAAAUGUUUUUUGCUAGAAGUGGUAAACAUUCUUCUGCAUUACAUCAAAAAAAGUUUUGAUGUCAAGAGUAAAAUACUGGACUUCCAUCAUCCUCAUCAACUUCUUGAAGGUUUGGAUGGGUUUAACUUGGAACUGUCUGACCACCCUGAAUCUUUGGAGCAGUUACUUGUUGACUGUACAGAUACCUUAAAGUACAGUGUUAAAACAGGACAUCCUCGCUAUUUUAACCAGCUCUCCAGUGGGCUAGAUGUGGUUGGACUUGCCGGGGAAUGGUUGACCACCACUGCCAAUACCAACAUGUUUACCUAUGAAAUAGCUCCAGUAUUUACUGUCAUGGAAAUGAUUCUUCUUAAGAAAAUGUACGAAAUUAUUGGCUGGCAAGAAACAGAAGCAGACGGAGUAUUUGCACCUGGUGGAAGUAUAGCCAACCUCUAUGGUAUAUUACUAGCCCGUUAUAAGCAAUAUCCAGAGAUAAAAAGACAAGGCAUGACCGCACUCCCAUGUAUUGUGUUAUUGGUUUCCGAACAAGAUCAUUAUUCAGUUAAAAAAGCUGCAGCAAUCCUUGGUAUUGGAACUGACAAUGUAAUUGAAGUAAAAUGCGAUGAAAGGGGAAAGAUGAUUCCAGCUGAGUUAGAGAAAAAUAUAUUACAAGCUAAAACAAAGGUAUAUCCAGACUCCUUUCUGUGUCACAGCCACAGCCGCACCACAGUGUUUGGGGCCUUCGACCCUCUCCACGACAUCGCCGAUAUUUGUGAGACGCACGGACUCUGGAUGCACGUGGAUGCAGCCUGGGGAGGUGGACUGUUGCUGUCCAGAAACCACGCCCAUAAACUCAGUGGCAUUGAAAGGGCCAACUCUGUGAGCUGGAAUCCACAUAAACUCAUGGGUGUCCCCCUUCAGUGCUCUGCUAUCCUGAUCCGGGAAAAAGGUCUUCUGGAAGCAUGCAACCAGAUGCGAGCUGGCUGUCUUUUCCAGCCAGAUAAACUCUACAAUGUGGACUUCGACGCUGGAGAUAAAACCAUUCAGUGCGGCCGACAUGUUGAUGUCUUUAAGCUGUGGUUAAUGUGGAAAGCAAAGGGAACCCGUGGCUUCGAGGCACAGAUCAACAGAUACAUGGAACUUGCAAAAUACUUCUAUAAGGUUUUGAAGAAAAAAGAUAACUUUAAGCUUGUGUUUGAUGCAGAGCCUGAGCUCACCAAUGUCUGCUUUUGGUAUUUUCCACCAAGACUUAAACAUAUCCCAAAAGAUUUUGAAAGAGAUCAAGAACUCCAAAAGAUUGCUCCAAAGAUUAAAGCACAGAUGGUAGAGGCCGGCACAGCUAUGAUAAACUACCAGCCAUGUGGGGACAAAGUAAAUUUUUUUCGAAUGGUUUUUUCUAACCCUGCCACGAGACGAGCAGAUGUUGACUAUCUUAUUGAUGAAAUUGAAAGACUUGGAAAGGAUUUAUGA